CGUAGUCAAAGUCGAUGAACCAUGUCGAAAAUUUUAUUUUUAACGAUUUUAAAUUUUUUUCACACUGUAUCAUAAUAAUCUAACUUUCAGAUUAUUAUAUUAUACAAUAUUAAUCAUAACGUCGGUGAAGCAAAACGCAAAAAAACGCAGUAGUAUAAGGGAAGGGAGAGGCGGGAGGGGGUUUUCAAUGGUGCUUGUUCUCUUGCCGGUGCUAAUAGGUGCAGCCGUUGUGGGCAUAGCAAGCGGCGGACAGUACGGCGACUACUCCGCAGCCAAGAUGCCUCAAUACGCCUCCGACGAGUACCACGAGGCAGGAAGAGAAGCCGCUUCUUCUGGUGACGAUUACCAAGAUCGAUCCCCCGAUGUUCCCGCCUCUCCCGAUUAUAAGUAUGAGGAAGAAUUAAAUUUAAGAACGGUGAACACAAGGAACGAUGAAGAUUGGCGAAAAUCAACGAAAAAAAUGCCCAGAGGUCAAAGAGCAGAUGUAAACUCUUCUAUAAAACAGUUAAACACGCAUAAUUCAAAUUUAAAAAAUAAUCCUAAAUUUAAACAAAUCAUUCAUUCUCGUUCGAAAUCUAGGAAAACUGGUAGAAAAUAUGAUUUUAACAGAAAUCCUUUACGAAGCGGUCGUAUUAGAAGCAAUGAUAUUAUUGAUAAAGAAGUCGAUUAUUUAAGUGAAGAGCGAUAUCAGGACCGCUUUGAGAAUAAUAAGAAAUCAGUUACGAGCGAAAGAAUUGUGAGACGGAAGCCGAGAGAUCGAGCAGUCAACAGGCCUGAAGUGGAGAUUGAAGAUCUAGAUGACGACGAUGAGGACGAAAGUAAAAAUGAACAAGAAGAAACAAAGAAUUUUGAUUACCCGGCGUCAGUAGAUUCAAUUCUUCAAGAAAGGCUCGGUGAACAAUUUGAAGGAAAGGAGGAAAACGUUCAUAUCCAGCGGCCAACGCCGUUACAGAUUGAGGACGAUAUCCUUGGUCGUCUUGAUUCUAAGAAAGAAGAUCAGAAAACCGCAGAUGAAUAUCAGGACUAUUAUGAUAUGAAACGAGUUAAAAAUAUUAAGAAGAAAAUUACUGUACUUUAUCGACGAACCAAAGCGAGGGCGACGGGGUCGACAACGUCGCGGCGGGUGCGAGUGUGGACGUACCGCAGCUCCUACAUUGACCGAUACGCUACUCCCAUAAACGAGGAAGUUCUCUUUAGAGCAACAAGGGUCAGAACCACUAAAAGAAGAAAACCAACAGCAAGAACUAUCAAAAAAACUGCUACAACGCACAAGUUAACUCGUACUUCAAAACCCGUUAAACCCAAAUCAACAGUCAUUACUACAUUAACUACGAGUACACAACAUACGGAAGCCAUUAUAAAAACGAGUGCCACAAUUAAUAAAUCUGAAGAAAAAGUACAUAAUAUUAGUGAGUUAUCUUUAGCUGAGAAAUCUAGAUUGUCUAUACUAAAAAAGGCGCAGUUAAAAGAUGGCGACGUGGAAAAGAGUUUGACGGCGAAACCUCCAGUGCUGCUGCAGGUAUCACAGAAGAUGCAAACGAUGGUAAUGUUAGAGCCACAAAACAAAGCGGCUAAUGUAGAAUUGAAAAGCAAAUUGGGUAACUUGAUCAGUGAAGAUACACCGCAACGGUUGGCGCGCGCUAAAAAGAUAAUGCGUCGUCGUCUGGUCGCCGGAGCUCGCAAUAUCCACGACCUCACCGAUAACUGGGACGAGUUGGUAUGCGACUACCUCGACAUGGCAGAACUUGAUGGUACAAUAAGAACUCACCUCAGCAAGUGA